UUCAGUCUCAGCCACCCGACUUAACUAUAAGAAAAAACACCACCAGAAGCUGCGUUAAUUGUCUUACGAGUCCUAAAUAAGGAGAGAGAUAUCCAUUAUCCCGCGCGUAGCGACAAAAAAAAAUGUCUGAACAAAGCGCAAACCCAAAACCAAACAUGCCAUGGAAGGUGAAGCUCUUCAUAGGAGCUUUUUCCUGGGUCUUCGACUCCUCAUUCCGCCACGACGGGAGCAUCAAUCGUCGCCUCCUCAACUUCUUCGACUACAAAGUCCCUCCCGAUGGCGUUGCCUCCUCCGACACCACCGUCGACCCUUCUCGCAACCUCUGGUUCCGCCUCUACAACCCAACCCCAACCCCCACUGGCGGCGAUCCAAACGACGUCGUCGGCUUGCCCGUCAUCGUGUUCUUCCACGGCGGCGGCUUCGUCGGCGGCCAGGCCAACUCGAUUCUGAUACACAACGCGGUGCACCAGCUCGCUCGAGAACUCCACGCCAUCGUCGUCUCAGUCAACUAUCGGCUGGCGCCGGAGCAUCGGUUCCCGUGCCAGUACGAAGACGGGUUCGACGCGCUGAGAUUCAUAGACGAAAUGGACGGACGGGAUCUGCCGGCCAAUGCUGAUCUUAGCCGUUGCUUUCUCGCGGGAGAGAGCGCUGGAGGGAACCUGGCCCACCACGUAGCGCUCAGAGCCGGCGAGUACAGCUUCAAGAGAGUGAACCUCCUCGGGCUCAUAGCAGUACAACCGUUUUUCGGAGGAGAGGAGCGGGUCGAGUCCGAGAUUCGAUUUCCCCGCGGCCCGAUAUUGAGGCUGGACUUGACGGACUGGUUCUGGAGAGCUUUUUUGCCGGACGGGUCGGACAGGGACCACCCGGCGGCGAAUGUGUUCGGACCUAAUGCAGGUGAAAUCUCGGACGCGAGGUUCCCGGCUGCGAUUGUUAUAAUUGGAGGGUGUGAUCCGUUACGGGAUUGGGACAUGAGGUACUACGAGGGGCUGAAAAGAUCCGGAAAAGAGGUAUACCUGGUGGAUUAUCCGAAUGCGAUCCACGGGUUCUGGAGCAUGGGCGUGAUGCCCGAAUAUUGUUUGUUUUUAGAGGAAGUGAAGGAGUUCAUGCAAAAGCAAAUGGGCAAAUGAGGUACAGGUACUCCAUCGUUAUAAUUUGCGUGGCCUACUAUCCCUGUUACUUGUGAGGCUGUGAGCAGCUGAGCUGCAUAAUAUAAAAUAUGCAUUUAUUUUAUAUAUUAAAUCGUUUUUAA